CAUCUCAAAGAGAAACAUGCACACACAAUGCAGCUAUUACAUCUAAAAUAGAGAUUCUGAUUUGUGAAAUAUGAGUUGGAUGCUCUCCAUCUGGACAGCUGCGGCUCUGCUGGCUCUCUGUGGGGGACAAGGAUAUAGUCUGUGUGCAUCUGGCUACCAUCUAUGUCUUCACAACGAGACAAAGUCGGUGAGUUUUCUGGUGAUGCAAAUGGUCUCCUACACCGAGGCAAAGCCUUGUGGCGGCUGGCUCCCCUGGAAGACAUGUACAGUCACAUUGUACAAGAUGAUCCCUAAGACUGAGAACAAGACCGUGGUGAUGCAGGUUGCCAAGUGCUGCGAUGGCUACGUACAAGUCGGUCGUUACUGUGCCCUGCCUGUAAACAGGAGUGGGGAAUUCACUGCCAAACCAGGAACCUGUCCAACUGCAGAUGGACUUUAUCCUGGAUCUGAGGACUGUGAGUGGGACAUGGACUGCCCAGGCUGGCAAAAAUGCUGUCAGAAACUGCAUCGCUCUCGCUGUACUCAUCCUGAAAGCUCAGCAAAUGAUUCUUACAUUGGAGGAUACCGUCUGAAUGUAACAGUGACAGUGAAGGUAGAUUACCAGGAGCUGAUGUCGAAGGAUAAUGGACUUCUUAAUCACACACGGCUACUGCAAGCCAUGGUGACUGGAGCACUGCAGACGGAUGACAUUUCAGUUUAUUACCUCAGCUCGUGGCCCGUGCACCCGUACAGAACCGCAACCUCCCUGCUGAUUGGCCGCAACUCCACUCUGUCACUGUCCGACGUCUCAUCAAAGCUGCAUCUCCUUCUUAAACACAUACCAGAAGUGUCAACUGUAACUGUGGAAGAUGUAGACGAGUGUGUGGAGUCUGCUUUCCCCCAGUGCUCCCCUCAGGCUGACUGUAACAACACAGUGGGUUCCUACCAGUGUAUCUGUCGCCAGGGAUACAGCGAUGUUGAUCCUAGCAACCCCGGAGCCUAUUGUACAACAGGAGAUGAGUUGUGGACCGACACAGAGACCCCGGUGACUGACGCUCCAUCAGGGAACACAGACUAUACCCCAGCCUCUGACGACUCCUCUGAGUUCAGCAUGACUACAGUGCAGAAUUACCCAAGCUCCGUCUCUUAUGAUUCAUCUCAUGCUCCACUGUGGACGAGCACUGCACCUUAUACCAGCAUGGAGUCACCUCUGCCGACAACCACAUGCUCUCCUCCCAACAUCACCUCUUUGAUGUCGUCUAACGUCACUGGAACCUCUUUCGAUGUGUACUGGUCCGGCCAGUCUCAGACCAACCAGACCUACCUAGUCGUUCUAAGCAAGGGUUCGGUGGUGACCAAUUCUUGGGAAACCGAUGAGACCGUGAAGGCGUUGAGGGGACUGGAACCUGGAGUCCUCUACAAUGUCACAGUCACGCCUCAUGCCUGCGGGAGCCAAGGAAUGGCCCUAGCUAUUUUGGUCAAGACAGAUUGUCAGACUCUUGACGCCACAGCUCGACUCACCAAUGUCGAGUUCACUCCUGAGCUGCAAAACACCAGCAGCGAGGCCUACAUCAACCUCACUACAAGUAUUGAAGAGGAGAUCUACGAGUCUCUGUCGCCAGAGAUGAAGGCCAUGGUGGAUUCAGGCCUGGUGAGAAUCGAGAUCACAAACUUCUCACGGGGCAGUGUGGUGGUCAACUUCAAGUUCGUCUUCAGCCCCAGUCAAAGCCACAACAUCAGCAAUGUGUCCAUUGCUCUGCUAAACUCCCUGAUGAACAGCUCCAAAUACACUGUGGAUGAAAACAACACAAGCAUUAACGAUUCUGAUGAAUGUACAUCAGGCAGUCACGACUGCUCCCAGUGGGCUAAUUGUACAAACACCUGGGGUUCUUACACGUGUGUCUGCAAGACUGGAUAUACAGACAACAACCCAGACCGGCCUGGACGAGUGUGUACAUCCAUUACAACCCCGGAGACAAUAACACCAUCAGUGACACCCACAAUAUCUUCUACAGUUAGUACACUUAUCUCUCUAAUGACACAAUCAACCAGUGACCCAGUUUUAACCCCGACAACAACCACCACUAAUCCCCCAACAACUACCACUGCAAACACUGACACGACUAUCAUUACUGCCCCAAUAACCACCACUGCUGCUCCAGUAACAGCCACUACCAUUACUAUUCCCCAAGUUAUCACCACCGCCACCCCAAUACCCACUACUACUGACAGAACAAUCACGACUAACCCUAUAACCACCACGACUGCUUCAUUAACUACCACUGCCGCCCCAGUAACAAUCACCACCACCCCAAUAACCACCACUACCAUCAAUGCUGCCCCAGUUACCGUCACCACCAUCCCAAUAACCACCACUGCCAUCAAUACUGCCCCAGUUACCAUCACCACCACCCCAAUAACCACCACAACCGUCAAUACUGUGCCAGUUACCGUCACCACCACCCCAAUAACCACCACUACCGUCAAUACUGCCCCAGUUACCGUCACCACCACCCCAAUAACCACCACUACCGUCAAUACUGCCCCAGUUACCGUCACCACCACCCCAAUAACUGCCACUACUGUUCCAAUAACCACUUCUACAGCCCCUGUAACUACCACCGCUACCCCCGUUAGCACCACUUCUGUGGCAGCAACCACCACAGCAGCCCCAGUAACCACAACCACAACCCCAAUAACCACCACGACCACCACAACCACCACUCUGUCCCUAACAACCACCUCUGCCCCCCCAAUACUGACCAGUACUGCAAUGACAUCCAUUACUUCUUCUCCAUCCACCAACAUCACUACCAUAACCAAUGUCCGGAGAACCACCUCAAUGUCGGGGGACAUCUCAGUGCGCUGCAGGGUCGCUGAUAUCACUGUGACAGUUGCCAGAGAUUUUCUUCAGGACCACAAAGUCAGGGAAAGUGACUUAUAUUUGGGCUUGCCGCAAUGUGGUGUCAAUGGCGGCAAUGCCACCCAUGCGCAGCUGACCGUGGCCUGGGACGAGUGUGACACCAGGCUUGUGCAAAAUGAAACCUGCUAUACAGCAUAUGUAACCCUGUUCAACACCAUGGCAAACGACAGGGAGGAGGCACCCACAGUUCAGCUGGAGUUGCCCGUCAUGUGCACCUACCCGAAAGGCAUGGUCAUCUCUGCUGACUUCGGCUCCACUGGAUAUGACAUGAUCAAAGAUGUCAUCGUGGGCUUGGGGUCAUUCCAAGUGAGGGUGCAGCUGAUGAAUGGUACGGCGCCUCUACCGAACAACUACAGCUUGUCCGCGGAGGAGCAGGUGGUGGUGGAGGUCAGCCUGAACACGUCCUCAGAGCAGAUUAAAGUGGUCAUCAACAAGUGCUGGGCCACUUCUACACCCAGUCCUGCAGAUCCUCAGGGAGUCCCCUUCCUGGAGAACGGUUGCCCUCUUAACUCAUUCACCAAAGUGUUGAGCAAUGGGAACUCCAGCACGUCCCGCGUGUCUGUGCAGAUUUUCUCCAUCGUCGACCUGAACGUGAUCUAUCUGCACUGUCAGGUCCACAUCUGUGUGCAGAUUGGAUCAGACACUUGUGUGCCUGACUGUCAGCAAAGAACGGCUCGAUCUUCAAAAACGGUCGGAUCAUCUGUUAGUACCACUGGACCUCUGUUCAAAUUAUUUCAACAACCCUUUGAGCAAGAAUAUGAGACUGCUCAUAUCAUUGGCUUCGCCUGUCUGGGAGUGGGUCUGUCCCUCUUCUUCAUCAUUGCUUUCGUCUGCCUCUUCUACUACCAGAGGAACCGCAUUGGACACUACAACUUCAAUGUCAAACCCAAGCAGGAGACCUUCACCUACCUUAACUUUAACACAUAGUGCAGCAGCAGCAUUUAAAAGAGAAGUCACACAAUUGGAAAAAUUACAGCAGUAAAUACAUUAUAGUACAGUUGCCACGAGGUGUCACUGCUGAGCCAUGCACACAGAAGUCCUAAUCAAAUCUUGCAAAUCUUUGCACUUUAUGAAUUAACUAAAGAUUAAAUACAAAUUAUUUUUACAUUUUAUCACCCUGAUGUACAUAUAUGUCCAAGAUUUUAAAAACUAUAAUUAAAUUUUAAACCACAAUGUCAAAUAAGUACAGAUAUAUGACUACAGAUAUAUUUAGGAAUAUGUUCAAAUGUGUAUUUUUUUUUCCUAUGAUGAGUUUUGAAUGUUUUCAUCAUGAAUGUUUAGACAUUUCAAAGAAUAUAAUGGAUAAUGGAGGGUUUUCUGAACUACAUUUAGAAUAUGAACGUGUAUAAAUGGUGAUAUUCAUGCAAUACAACCGCCACAAAGUUACAAUACUGUUCAUUUCCUUUUAGCUGCUAUUUCAAACCAUUUCACAUCUUUACAUAAUUACUCUGUUUUCACUUUUGCACACUUUUGCUGUACUUGUGUUGCGACAAUAAACAUGCUAUGUGUGAAUGCA